GGUCAGUGUUACUUAUGAAUGCUGGGGAUGCAAAUCAAGCUUUGUGGUGAUGCAAAAAUUAAUGGCUAUACUGUUAUCUUUGUUCAUCAAGAAGACUCUAUUUGUAUCACAGCCAUUAAAAACGGCCUGUGGCAUGCAGUAGUGGAUACUGUGAAACUUGAUGAGUUAUGUGAUCUCGUCAAGCAAACGCGUAACCAAUAUACACAGAAUCUCUCAGAGUCUUUUAGUUCUUCUGACCCAUCUAGCUGCUUCAAUUUAAGAGAAGAAGGGGGGAAUUUAAAUUUCGUAUGGUCCAAAGAAAUUAAGAAAGGCAUUAAAAUCAUCUUCGGAUCUUUUUACUUACAACCUUCAUGCAAUCCAUUAGAAUCACUCUGCGAAUUGACGAGUCUAAUCACAAAUAGUCUCAAAGAAUUGAUUUCAUGCUGCAGUACUUUCGAGAGAGAAAACGAGAAGCUAAAGUCUUUGGCUGAUGUGUCUGUAAAGAAAUAUGAAGAAGUGGUUUCUCAGAUAGAUGAUAAAGAAAUUAUCCUUCUUUCGAAGUUUUCAGCUGUUCUGAAUGAAAAGAAAAGAAAGUUGGAAAGCUAUAAAUGUCCAACUUAUGCUUUAAGGGAAGUUGACAAAACACCAGAUGAAUCGUCAUUACAAGAAGACUUGGAUGAUUUAAUACCCUCCAAGGACCGCAGAAGAUCAAAACUUGUCAUUGGUCGUCGUAAAUGAAUCCUAAACAGAAUUAUGGUAUAUCUGAAUCUAGGGGAGGUAUGUACGUAUGGUCGGCCAUGUGAUAUGUGGAUCUUCGUAAUUUUCUGUGAUUAUUACACCGAGCUGCUGUAUAUCUUCCUGUCAAUCAGUUUUUAUCAAUAUAAAUUAAACACUUCUGCAGUUUGUUUUAUGUUUGCCAAUAAAUUAUUUUAAGUUCUCAUAA